CUUUAUCAAACCAAGUAAUUUAUAUUAGUUUAGUUGUUAUCUUUAUAUUUAUAUAUUUUUAGACCUAAAGAUAACACACCAAAUGGGGAUUUUAAUAGUCAAUUAAAAUUGUUUUCGGUUAUUGAUUGUUAAAAUUCCCGUAAAACUACGAAAUGUUUAAAUAUGGAAAAGAAACAAUUUUUUUGAAUAAACGAAUAUUUAAAAUAUCCAAAAAGUUUAGCAGUACACUCAGCUACGUACACAAUCCCGUAAAUCUUCCACUAAGACCCCUAACUGUGGGUCAACUUUUAGAAGAAACUUGUAAUAAAAAUGGUGAUACCGUAGGCAUAAUUUCCUGUCAUCAAAAUCAAAAAUUAACUUUUAAUGAAAUAAUUUACCGGGCUGAUCAAUUAGCUGCUGGACUGAAAAGUAUUGAACUAAAUUAUGGGGACAGAGUGGGUAUAUGGGCACCCAAUUUAAUAGAAUGGUAUAUUUCUUUUAUGGCUUGUGCCAGGGCAGGCCUAACAACUGUUGCUAUUAAUCCCCUGUUUCAACAUAAGGAAAUAGAAUAUUGCAUAAAUAAGGUUGGAAUUAAGGCAAUGAUAUCUGGCCAUAUUUAUAAAAAGCAAAAUUAUUACGAAAUUUUAAAUAAGGUUAUACCAAACUUAAUUACAAAUGAACCUGGAAAAAUAAAAAAUAACAAUGUACCUAGUUUAAAAAGUAUAAUUUCCAUAGCUGAUAAGGAAUUAAAAGGGACAUUUAACUACAAUCACAUUUUGAAUAUUGCAAAUGAAAAUGAAAUCAAAAAAAUUAAAAAUGAACAAAAUAAAAUUAAGUGUGAUGAUUCCUUUAAUAUCCAGUUUACGUCAGGCACCACUGGUAAAGCUAAAGCAGCUUCUAUAAGCCACUUUAAUUUGGUUAAUAAUGGAUUUUUCGUUGGUAAAAGAAAUGAACUAAACAAAAAACAACAAAAAAUUUGCGUCCAGGUCCCGCUUUUCCAUGCCUUUGGCACCUGUAUAACAAUAUCUGCUGCAUUAAAUUAUGGAUCUACAUUGGUGUUACCAUCAGCUGGAUACAACCCUGACAAAAAUUUAGAUGCUAUUAAAAAUGAAAAAUGUACGAUUAUACAUGGAACUCCGACAAUGUAUGUGGACUUAGUGAAUAGACAAAUGGAAAGAAACGAAGAUAUAAAUCCAGAAAUAGCAGUUUCUGGUGGGGCAAUAUGUUCACCUCAUUUAUUUAAACGAAUGAAAAAAUAUUUAAAACUAAACAAAGUAAAAUCGGUAUAUGGGUUAUCUGAAACAACAGCCGUUAUAUUUCAAUCAAUGGAGGGCGAUGAUGAGUAUAAGUCCACGUGUACAGUUGGACAUGUCUCUGAACACGUAGAAGCCAAAGUAGUUGAUAAUAAUGGUAAUAUUGUACCUAGAGGUACUCCAGGAGAGUUAUAUGUAAGAACUUACGCUAAUAUGUUGGAAUAUUGGGGCGAUGAAGAAAAAACUAAAGAUACAAUAGGAAAUGAUAGAUGGUUAAAAACAGGCGAUCAAUUCGUAUUAGAAGAAGAUGGAUAUGGACGAGUUGUGGGUAGAUUAAAAGAUAUGAUUAUUCGUGGCGGUGAAAAUAUAUUUCCAAGAGAAAUCGAGGAUUAUUUAAAUACCCAUCCAGAUAUUUUAGAAAAUUAUGCAAUUGGUCUUCCCCAUGAAAGGCUGGGUGAAGAAAUAUGUGCAUGUGUUCGCGUUAAAGAGGGUUCCAAUAUAACUUUGGAAGAUAUUAAAAAAUUUUGCCAAGGUAAUAUAUCAGAUUUUAAAAUUCCCACAAAAAUGGAAAAAGUAAACAGUUUUCCUAAAACUACCUCAGGAAAAAUUCAAAAGUUUAAAAUGGUAGAAGAAUUUAAACAAAAGUACGAAAACAAUAUAAAUACAUGAUACUUUUAUAUAGAAAAAUUGAAAUUAGGAUUAAAAUAAAUUUAUAAAUAGUUUAUAUUAAAAUAUAUGUAUUAAAU